CCUUCAGAGCACAGCAGACUGGCAGCUAUGUCGCUGGGUGGAUCAGUGUUCGAGGGCCACCUGCAAGCCCCUGGGCUCGGGCGGUGUGGCUUGUCCUACCGGUUCGAGGCGGCGGUGGACGUGCCGGCGGGCGUGAAGUCCCAGCGCCGGCAGCUGGGAUGGACGACCAAAGACAUUUGUUGCUACAAGGCGGUGUGCAGUAUUCCAGAUCUGGGCCUUGAGUCUGAGGAGGUGGUUAUUUCGGUGGAUCCUGCCAGAGAGGACGGGUCCAGGCUGCUGCUGCUGCAAUCUUUGGUACGGCCGGACUUGGGCUUGACCGUCCUGUCGUUGGACAGCAGCAGCUCUUCCAUCCAGGGGGGAGACGAGAGCUGGACACCAGGAGCUGAGCCCAUCAUCCGUGCGCAGCGGUGUGGGCUGGAGCCCAAGGCGAAACCCAAAGCAGCCCCGCGGCCGCCGCCACUUCCAUCGUCUCCCGUGCGUCCCAAAACGGUCCGAACUGAACCGGACGCCGAACCUGUUCCUGGAUCGGAAGAGCCGUCCACCGUAGUUUCAGAGGAGAAGCUCCUUGGCUUUGGCGUGGUGGGCGGCAGUGAUGGCCUUGACACAGAGGAGGUGAGCUCCUGCAUGCCGCUGCCGAUGGGAGAUGAUGGUCGCGCCCCUCCCCAAACUGCACCACGUGGAGGUCAAGUGGGAGGCAUCGGGCGCUCGGCGGGGGCGAGCAUCAGCAAGCCCUCUACCCCUGCUGGCUACAAGGAUGCACCUUUGGUGCGACCAGACAUGGCGGCCGGAAAACCCGGUGCUUUGGUGCAGGAACUGGGGUCGGCCGGCACAGAUGCAGAGAUCCAAGCCACCGCCGCGGCGAAUCAAGAGCGUUUCGUGGCCGCCGCCUUCGCCGGCGAGACGGGCGACGUGCAGCAGCUGCUGGGCCGAGCUGGGGUCCGUUUGGAUGGCCUGGUGGAUCAAGGCCGCUUUGCGAGGCAGACUGCUUUGAUGGCUGCGGCCACCCGGGGGCGCACCGAUGUGGUGCGGGUUCUGUUGGAGCGGAAGGCCAACCCGGAUGUCAAAGACCCUGAUGGGUGGACGGCAUUGAUGCAUGGAAUUCAUGGACAAAGGAUUGACGUAUGCAAGCUGCUGCUGGAUGCCAAAGCAGACUUCCAGCAGGCCGCUGAAGAUGGCUCCACGCCCUUGAUCCUCGCCGCUGCCGGAGCUCGCCAUGAGCUGUGCAAAGCGCUGCUCGCAAAGAAGGCAGCUCUGGGAGUCGCAGAUGCUGAAGGCUGUACAGCUUUGCACCACGCAGCUCGCAGGGGGCAUGGUGCAUCCGUCGUGACCCUCUUGUCCGCGCGCGCCAAGCUGGAAAAGCAGGAUCUUCAAGGCCGCACGCCUUUGCUUGCAGCUGCAUCAGCUGGGAGGGCAGACACGGUUCGGCUGCUUCUCGCACAGGGUGCUGAUACUAUGGCAUCGGACACCAUAGGACGAACAGCCAAAGAGCUUGCCACUGCCUACCAGCACGACCGCGUGCUUAAGGUGCUGCAAGAGAAGCGAAUUAAAGAAUGAAUGCAAUCAG